AUGCGUCUAUUUGUGACACUUUGCACACUCUGCGCCUUGGCACACGCCAAGCCACAGGGCUACAAUUAUGGCAGCGGCGUCUCUGGAACUCUGACCACGACGGGCGGUGGCGGACACGGCACCGGUUUUCUGAGCGCACCCAGCACCAGUCAGAAUGUGGCUACCUAUGGUCCAUUAGGAGCAUUCCAUGGCGCCGGCGUUGGCUCACUGUUGAGCAGCGGCACCUCUGGCUCCAGCUCUGGUUACAGUUCCGGCUCCAGCUCUGGCUCUGGCUCCGGCUCCGGCUCCGGUUACGGUGCAGUAGGCGGUCGCAGCACUUACAGCCAAGGCAGCGGUAGCGGUGUUAGCUACAAUGGUGGACAAUCCUCAUCAGGCUUUGGCAGCGGCGGCUAUGGCAACAGUGCCGCAAGCAGCUUUGCUGGCUUUGGCCAAACGCCCAAUAUUGGCUUUGGAGGUCUUGCUGGUUACCAGGCGCCCAGCUAUCAGCACCAACAGCAGGAAGAUCAGCAUGUUGCCUUCGAAGCACCCAUUGUGCACAAACAGUUCAUCACUGUCGCUGCGCCCGAGGAACAUGAGAGUCUGGAGCGUGUCAAGCAUCUGGUGAUUGGCCGUCCACAGAAGAACUAUCGCGUUGUCUUCAUCAAGGCACCAUCGUCGAGCAGUGCCAAUGUCAAGCUAUCGGCCGAGUAUGCACCCAAGGAGGAAAAGACCGUCAUCUAUGUGCUCAGCAAGAAGGAUUCGACCCUGGAGGUCAACGAUAUCGCCACACCAGCGCCAACCAUUCCCAGCAAACCAGAGGUCUUCUUCAUCAAAUACAAGACCGAUGCAGAGGCUUCCCAUGCCCAGCAACAGAUUCAGGCCGAAUACGAUCGCAUCGAGGGCUCCUCGGAACACACCGAUGCUGGCGUGGCACCGGCCCAAUCUGUCGUUGGCAUUUUGGAUUCAGGCAGCAGCGGCAUCAGCUCCUCAGCUGGCGGCAUUGGCAUUGGCUCCUCUGGCAGCCAAAAUUUCAUCAGCAGUAGCAGCGGCGGUGGCAGUCUGGGUCAUGCUGGUGGUCAAGCCAUUAUCACCAGCACCGGCGGCAGCGGCAGCAGCAGCAGCACCAUCGGCCUGGGUACUGUACACAGGAGCGGCCAGACCUCGACAUACCUGCCGCCUAGCCAUUAG